CUAAAUCUAAAAUACUUUAGAUGGCUCAUAGUUGAAGGGACCUGGAGCGAUAAUAGCGUCAUUUUGAAGGGCAAUUGUAUGCCAUCUUGACAACGAAUCAGCUAUGACGGAAUUUCUGGAUGCACAUAAGUAAGUUAUCUGCACUCUUUUCUCGUUGCAGGCAAGGGCUGAUUUCGGCCCGUUGAUCAUCGGCAGUCACCGGCCGCCUAACACUAUCACCAGGUUUUCCUGUAUCAGCAUGAGCAUGUGAACCCAUGUCACCAGCUGCUCGCCCUCACAUUGCGGAAGGAGAUCCCAUUUCCUGGUCGAUAAGACUCUCCUCCUCCAUAAAAGAAACCAUGCGGCGGCGACGCAGGCACCGAUCCACACACACGGCCUGACAAUGCUCGCGCUCGGAUUCCUCGCCCUCGCACUGACCUUUGCGUCCGCCACGCCCGUCUUCGACACGCUCGUCCUGCACGAGCGUCGGGCGGUGGCUCCGGAGGGUUUCGUCGCGUCGGGGUUGGCGCCGGCCGAGAAGACGCUGAACCUGAAGCUCAACCUCGCGCAGAAUAACUUGGAGGGGCUGGAGGCGCAGCUGCUCGCUGCUGCGACCCCGGGAAGCGCGACCUACGGGCAGUGGCUGUCCAAGGAAGAGGUCAAUGCAUUCUCCAUCCCCUCAGCGGAGACGACUGCGGCGGUGUCGGAGUGGCUCUCUUCGCAUGGCAUCGAGUCGACGCGCGUGUCUGCCUCGGGUGACUGGAUCUCCAUCAACGUCCCCGUGUCCAAGGCCAACGAGCUGCUCGGCGCCAACUACCACGUCUUCACGCACACCGCCAGCGGCACCCAGUCGAUCCGCACGCUCGAGUACUCCAUCCCCGCGGCGCUGAAAGACCACAUCCGCGUCGUCACCCCCACGACGAGUUUCAGCGGGCCUCGCCCGCUUCCCCCCGUGAUGGCGGUAGGCAACAAGGCGACGCCCGCGUCCCAGGUGCAGCCGGUGGCGAACGCUGUCCCGGCGUCGUGCAAGAACACGAUGACGCCGACGUGCUUGCAGGCGAUGUACGGCAUCCCGAAGACGCCCGCGACGAGCAAGACGGGCUCGAUCGGCGUCGCCGGCAUGUACGACCAGUAUGCGAACAAGGCGGAUCUGGCGCAGUUCCUCAAGGCGCAGCGCCCGGAUAUGAGCUCAUCCACUUCCUUCGCUCUGACCUCCGUCGACGGCGGUGUGAACUCGCAGUCUUCCAGCCAGGCGGGGCUCGAAGCUAAUUUGGACAUUCAGUAUACCGUGGGAUUGGCGACGGGUGUCCCGGUCACCUUUGUGUCUGUGGGCAACAACAAUCAGGACGGCGCGGACGGCGGCUACCUCGACAUCAUCACCGCGCUCAUCGGCGAGAGCGCCCCGCCCCAGGUCCUCACGACAAGCUACGGCUUCGACACCGAGGCGUCCCUGUCCAAGUCCCUGACCACCGCGAUGUGCAACUCGUACAUGCAGCUCUCCGCUCGCGGAGUGUCCAUCCUCUUUGCGACUGGAGACGGCGGUGUCGCUUCAACCCCCGGCGUUUCGUGCUCCGGAACUGCCUUCCCGCCGACGUUCCCGACCUGCCCAUACGCAACUCUUGUCGGUGCUACUACCGGUACUCCUGAAACCGGCGCUGGCCUCUCCGCGGGCGGUUUCUCCAACUACUUCACCACCCAAUCUUGGCAAAAAUCCGCUGUGAGCGCGUACGUCAAGUCGAUCGGCACGCAAUAUUCGGGCAAAUACAACGCAUCGGGUCGUGGGUACCCGGAUGUCUCCGCCAUUGGCCAGAGCGUGUCGAUCGUCCAGAGCGGCUCGACGGGCCUGGUCGACGGCACGUCCUGCUCGUCGCCCAUCUUCGCGUCUGUGAUCGGCCUGAUCAACGACCGGCUCUUGGCUGCCGGAAAGCCCGUGCUCGGGUUCCUGAACCCGUGGCUGUACUCCAACCCGCAGAUGUUCAAUGACAUCACGUCUGGCACGAACCCCGGCUGUGGAACGAAUGGGUUCUCGGCGAAGGCGGGCUGGGACCCCGUCACCGGUCUUGGAUCGCCCAACUUCCCGGCUAUGUUGAAGGCUGCCGGUCUUUGAGGAAGCAGGGCCACUCAAUAAGAAAGGAAGAGACCUUUGUUUAUGUUGAUCGAAGUCGUAUAUAAACCUGAUACUGCCCUGUUCAACUCCUUUGUUUUCUCCCCGGUUCUAAACAUUAUCGUCCGUCUCUGCCUGUGAAAGCCAGAGAAGCAGACAGACGGAUACCGACAGUUCUCUGUUCUCGUGCAGCCCACUGAGAUCCAAGACUGAUUCUCGAAAUUUG